AUGUUUUUGAUUAUGUCAGCAAUUUAAGUUUUCCUUGCUCAAGCGAAUUGGGUAAUGGUUGAUUAAAGUUUUUUGAGUGGAUUCACUUCUACUAACAACUGGUUGAUUUAUAAAACAUGCAACGCUUUUGAAUCUGGUGCUAGCUUUUAACAUUGUACUUGCUCAUAAAAUUAAAUAAAAUAUACACGUCUUAAGAGAGACAAUUAAAGACUAGAUAAGAGUUUUAGUAUAAAAAGUUACUAAUCAGAAGUAAUAGUUGAUAUCCUUUUUGAUAAUGAUAUUUCAAGCCCUAGUGAUAGAAAAGUUUACUUCACAUUGAACUUAACAUCACCAAAUUAAAUUUUGAAGUAGAGAGACUAUUUCAAUUCUGGUUUAACCCAAAAUGCUAGAAGAAUAUGCAAUAAUACAGGAUCUAUAUAUUUUGAUUUCAUUACAUAUGUAGGUACAUCUAAUGCAUAAUAUAAAGAAAUAUUUAGUAUAUCAAUAGGUAUUGAAGCAGAUGAUGACUUGUAAAUUCUAGGCAUUCGAAAUUUAUUUGUUUAUGUCAAAUAUUGUUUACCCACUUGCAAAACUUGUUCAAGUUCUACUAGUUGUCUAACAUGUUAUUAUGGUACUCUAUAAUCAGGCAACACUUGUAAUUGUGACCCUUCUCAUUAAUUUGCUUAAAUUGGAAUUGGAUGCCGAUAAGAAUGUGAAAGAGAUUACUUUAUAGCAAGAUCAGAUAAUAUUUGUGUCCCAGAUAGAAGAAUUAAAUCACUUGUUUCUUAUUUUGAAACUACAACUUUCAGUGCUUAUUCUCCUUUUUAAUUUGUUCAAGAUUCUGCAAAUUCAAGAAGUUCUCCAUCUUUAAUUUUCACUUGUUCAUCUACUAGCUAUAUUGGAAAUUUGCUUUAUAGUGAGGGAAUGAGUUUAUAAUUGGCAACUUCCUAAUCCUUAAAAUUUAUUAGACUAAGGAUUACAUUUUACUUAAAAGGUUUUUAAACUGAUAAUAAAAUAUAAAUAAUAUUAGAUGACUAAAUAUAAGGAUAAAUAAUCAAAGACUCAUCUAGUUACACUUUUGAUAAAAUAACAAAAAUUUAUAGUUCAAGUGUCACAUGCACAAAUACUUAUGAUUUAAUAAGGAUAGAGGCAAUUCUUCGAACUUACUCUAAUACUCCUAAACUUAUUUUAAAAGGAGCAUAGUUAACUUUGGCAACUUCGACAUGGGGAUUCAGAAAUAUAACAAUUGAUAGUGGGAAUUGUAAGGAAAAUUGUGCAGUAUGUGCAGAUUUUUUAACUUGUUAACAAUGUAUCACGAAUUAUGUGCUAUUUUAAAAUGGUUGUGUCAGUGCUUGUCCAGUGCAUUCUGCUAAUUGCAUUGAUUAUGCAGAUAUGAUACCAAGUAAUUUAAAAUAAUUUAUUUUCAGACUCUCGCUACUUAGCAUAAGGAUUUUAUAAUUUAAAUAUGAGUACAUCAGAUAUAAGCAAAUACUUAGAUGAAACUGUUCCAACUGGUAGUAAUUUCUUGACGGGAUAAAACUUUUCAAUUUUUCCAACUAAAUUUGUUUUAGGGGGUGUAAUGGUAUGGAAUAAUGCAAUAUAUAAAAAAUCAUGGAGUAUAUCCAAACCACACUAUGCUGUUACAAUAAGAUUUAACGUCAUAUAUGGAGAUUAAUAUGCUGGAAAUUUUUAUUAUACCAUUUAAGGAGUAAAAUCAGUUGCUCAUCCCAAACCAUCAACAAGUGGUUAAAACAUUAUUGGUAUGAGUUUAAAUGAAAUAACUUAAUAUUUUGAAAUUUUCCAGAAUCCAUUCACAUCGUCUCCAUUAAAUAUUGAGUUUCAAUGUACAGAUACAACUGUAGAUCCAAGAGACUAAUUUUGCGCAAUUUCUGAUUACUUUAUUGUUGUUCACUAUGUAAAUAUUUUCAUUUAAUAUUAAGUGUCUCCCAUUUUGUCAAGAUUGCAAUGAUGGGGUUUCUUGUGUUACUUGGGAAUCUGGACAUUUAAAUGAAAAUUGCGAUGUUAAUUAGUUUCUAUAAUUUGAUUCUAUUUCAGAAACUUAUAAUUGUAUUACAUGUAAUUAACCUGGAUGUUUAACUUGUAAAAAUUUGGAAGAAUGCACUUCCUGUGAUUCUUCAAGUUAAUAUAAUACUUUAAUAAAUGGAGUUUGCUUACCAAUUAAUCCUCCUUCACCUCCAAGUCCAUCAUUAUAAUGUCAUAAAUAUUGUGAAACAUGUACAGGAGCUUUGAUAACUAAUUGUCAAACCUGUGUUUCUGAUUUUCAUAGGAUUUUAUCCAACAAUUAAUGUUUAUGUUAGUCUGGGUUCUAUGAUGACGGAAUAAAUGUAAUUUGUCUUCCUGUGUGUGGAGAUCUUUUAAUUGUUGAUGGAGAAGAUUGUGAUGAUGGUAAUUCUANUUGAUUAUGCAGAUAUGAUACCAAGUAAUUUAAAAUAAUUUAUUUUCAGACUCUCGCUACUUAGCAUAAGGAUUUUAUAAUUUAAAUAUGAGUACAUCAGAUAUAAGCAAAUACUUAGAUGAAACUGUUCCAACUGGUAGUAAUUUCUUGACGGGAUAAAACUUUUCAAUUUUUCCAACUAAAUUUGUUUUAGGGGGUGUAAUGGUAUGGAAUAAUGCAAUAUAUAAAAAAUCAUGGAGUAUAUCCAAACCACACUAUGCUGUUACAAUAAGAUUUAACGUCACAUAUGGAGAUGAAUAUAAUGGAAAUUUUUAUUAUACCAUUUAAGGAGUAAAAUCAGUUGCUCAUCCAAAACCAUCAUCAGGUGGUUAUAACUUGAUUGGUAAGAAUUUAAAUGAAUAUACAAAAUAUUUUGAAAUUUUCCAGAACCCAUUCAUAUCGUCUCCAUUAAAUAUUGAGUUUUAAUGUACAGAUACAACUGCAGAUCCAAGAGAUUAAUUUUGUGCAAUUUCUGACUACUUUAUUGUUGUACAUUAUGUAAAUAUUUUGAUUUACUUUUAAGUGUCCCCCAUUUUGUCAAAAUUGCAAUGAUGGUGUCUCUUGUAUUACUUGGGAAUCUGGGUACACAAGUGAGAAUUGCAAUGCGAAUUAAUUUUUAUAAUUUGAUACUAAUUCAGAAACUUAUAGUUGUAUUACAUGUAAUUAACCUGGAUGUUUAACUUGCAAAAAUUUGGAAGAAUGCACUUCAUGUGAUCCUUCAAGUUAAUAUAAUACUUUAAUAAAUGGAGUGUGCUUAUCAACUAAUACUUCUCCUGCUCCAAGUUCAUCAGUGUAGUGCCAUUAAACAUGCGAAACAUGUACAGGAGCUUUGAUAACUAAUUGUUAAACAUGCGUUACUGAUUUUCAUAGGAUUUUAUCCAACAAUUAAUGUUUAUGUUAACUUGGGUUCUAUGAUGACGGAAUUAAUGUAAUUUGUCUUCCUAUUUGUGGUGAUUUGAUAAUUGUUGAAGGAGAAGAUUGUGACGAUGGUAAUUAUAAUCCUUAUGAUGGAUGUAAUAAUUGUAAAUUUGAUUGUGAUGAUAUUUGUAAAGAAUGUUUUUGGGGAAUUUGUUUUGAUUGUCAAAAAGGAUUUUAGAUUAUGGAUAAUUAAUGUAUUCCCAUUUGUGGUGAUAAUAUUUUAGUAAAAACAGAGGAAUGUGAAGAUAGUAAUUAUAUUCCAAAUGACGGAUGCUAUAAUUGUAAAUUUUCAUGUCCAGAUCAUUGUAUUGAUUGCUAAUUUAAUGAAUGUGUCAAAUGCGAUGAAUUAAAUGGAUGGUAUCUUGAAAAUAACACUUGCUAGCCAAUUUGUGGUGAUGGGAUAAUUGCUUCUACUGAAUCUUGUGAUGAAGUAAAUAUAAUAUUGUAAUCUGGAUGUUAAAAUUGUUAAUUAAAAUGCCAGAAUGAAUGUUUAAGUUGUAUAUUAGGAUAAUGUUAUGCAUGCAAAGAAAUUGGAUGGGAGAUUGACUAAGUUUCUGGAGAGUGCAAGCCUUUUUGUGGGGAUGGUAUUAUUGUAGGAAAUGAAUAAUGCGAUGAUGGUAAUGAUAUUGACCAAGAUGGUUGCUUUGAAUGUUAAUUUGGGUGUUAAAUUGAAUGUACAGAUUGUUAAUAAGGAGUUUGUUUAGAAUGCGAUACAUAUGGUUGGCAAUUAAAUGAAAAUUAAUGUAUAUCUUUAUGUGGAGAUGGCUUAAUUGUAGGAAAUGAAUAAUGUGAUGAUGGAAAUUUAAUUUAAUUUGAUGGAUGCUAUGAAUGCUAAUUUGAAUGUUAAGUUGAAUGUACAGAUUGUUAAUAAGGAGUAUGCUAUUCCUGUGAAGUGUAAGGCUGGUCUUUAACCGAACAUCGUUGUAAUCCUGUUUGUGGAGACGGAUUUAUUAUUGAGGGUUUAGAAGAAUGCGAUGACGGAAACGAUUUAGAAAAUGAUGGAUGUUAUUAAUGCUAGAUUAAAUGUUAAGAUGGUUGUGUUGAAUGCCAAAAAGAUAAGUGUCAGAGAUGCUAAGAUAAUUUGUAUGUAUUGGAUGUUUAAACAGAAAAAUGUAUUCAAAAAUAAAUCAAUGAUGAUGAUAAUGAUAUAGAUUUGAAUAAAAUGUUGUUGGUUUAAUUAUCUAAUUUUAGAUGUGGAGAAAAUUACUUACUUACUGAUUAUAAAUGUGUUAAUUAAUGUGGAAAUGGAUUAUUAAAUAGUUAAUAUGAAGCAUGUGAUGAUGGUAAUCAUUUUGGAGGAGAUGGAUGCUCUUCUUUUUGUAGUAUUGAAGAUCAAUAUCAAUGUGAAAGUUAAUAAGAUUCAUUAAGUUUAUGUACAUUUAUGAAGGCUCCAGAAUUUAAUUUGAAUAUUAUUUCAGAUAAAUCUAAUUCUACUCAAACUGUAGAAUUAACUUUCACUUAACAAGUUUAAUUAAAGGAAGAAUUAUAACUUGAAGAAAUUAUUGCAUUUACUAUUACUCCUUAAACUCAAUAUGUAUUAACAAUUUUUAGUAUCUAAAAUAUAACUACUGACUUAAGCUCACCUAAAUAUUAAAUUAUAAUUGAAUUUAUAGAAUCCAUAUAAGAUCCUGUUCUAUAAGUCGAUGUGGAGAAAAAUACUAUACACAAUUCAUUUUAAUUAGACUUAUAGAACAAUUAAAUGAAAAUCAAACUUGGUACUCCUUUUGUGUUACCCGAAAAUACUAAAAAAUAAUUAGUUUAGUUUGUUAAAUUGAAUGAUGCAAUGAUGUAUUCUAUGGCUAGCAUAUCAAGUUUGGCUUUGUUAACAGGAAAUGCAAUUAUGUUUUUUAAUCUAUUAGAUUUAUUAUAGUCAUUAUCUUAUAUUAGAUUUAUGAGAUAUUAAUUUCCACCACAUUUAUAAGAAUUCUUAAACACCUACACUAAAGUCUCAUUGCAACCAAUUUUAAAUUAUUUUUAGAUAGAUUAAUUAUUGACUAAGUUAAAUGGAGGAAGUAAUAAAAAUUAAGUGAAAACCAAUUUGAAUUAAGAUCCAAACAAUAUUUNUUGUUAAUAAGGAGUUUGUUUAGAAUGCGAUACAUAUGGUUGGCAAUUAAAUGAAAAUUAAUGUAUAUCUUUAUGUGGAGAUGGCUUAAUUGUAGGAAAUGAAUAAUGUGAUGAUGGAAAUUUAAUUUAAUUUGAUGGAUGCUAUGAAUGCUAAUUUGAAUGUUAAGUUGAAUGUACAGAUUGUUAAUAAGGAGUAUGCUAUUCCUGUGAAGUGUAAGGCUGGUCUUUAACCGAACAUCGUUGUAAUCCUGUUUGUGGAGACGGAUUUAUUAUUGAGGGUUUAGAAGAAUGCGAUGACGGAAACGAUUUAGAAAAUGAUGGAUGUUAUUAAUGCUAGAUUAAAUGUUAAGAUGGUUGUGUUGAAUGCCAAAAAGAUAAGUGUCAGAGAUGCUAAGAUAAUUUGUAUGUAUUGGAUGUUUAAACAGAAAAAUGUAUUCAAAAAUAAAUCAAUGAUGAUGAUAAUGAUAUAGAUUUGAAUAAAAUGUUGUUGGUUUAAUUAUCUAAUUUUAGAUGUGGAGAAAAUUACUUACUUACUGAUUAUAAAUGUGUUAAUUAAUGUGGAAAUGGAUUAUUAAAUAGUUAAUAUGAAGCAUGUGAUGAUGGUAAUCAUUUUGGAGGAGAUGGAUGCUCUUCUUUUUGUAGUAUUGAAGAUCAAUAUCAAUGUGAAAGUUAAUAAGAUUCAUUAAGUUUAUGUACAUUUAUGAAGGCUCCAGAAUUUAAUUUGAAUAUUAUUUCAGAUAAAUCUAAUUCUACUCAAACUGUAGAAUUAACUUUCACUUAACAAGUUUAAUUAAAGGAAGAAUUAUAACUUGAAGAAAUUAUUGCAUUUACUAUUACUCCUUAAACUCAAUAUGUAUUAACAAUUUUUAGUAUCUAAAAUAUAACUACUGACUUAAGCUCACCUAAAUAUUAAAUUAUAAUUGAAUUUAUAGAAUCCAUAUAAGAUCCUGUUCUAUAAGUCGAUGUGGAGAAAAAUACUAUACACAAUUCAUUUUAAUUAGACUUAUAGAACAAUUAAAUGAAAAUCAAACUUGGUACUCCUUUUGUGUUACCCGAAAAUACUAAAAAAUAAUUAGUUUAGUUUGUUAAAUUGAAUGAUGCAAUGAUGUAUUCUAUGGCUAGCAUAUCAAGUUUGGCUUUGUUAACAGGAAAUGCAAUUAUGUUUUUUAAUCUAUUAGAUUUAUUAUAGUCAUUAUCUUAUAUUAGAUUUAUGAGAUAUUAAUUUCCACCACAUUUAUAAGAAUUCUUAAACACCUACACUAAAGUCUCAUUGCAACCAAUUUUAAAUUAUUUUUAGAUAGAUUAAUUAUUGACUAAGUUAAAUGGAGGAAGUAAUAAAAAUUAAGUGAAAACCAAUUUGAAUUAAGAUCCAAACAAUAUUUUAAACCAACUUUAUAUAUUCAAUGCUAAAAGUUGCUAUUUUUCUGUAAUAGCAUCUAUAUUAAGUUACUUUAUUUAUUGCAUAUUAGUAUCAAAAUAAUUAUAAAUUAUCAUUUUCAAACUUGAAAAUAAAUUUAGAAAAAAUUCGAAAAUUAUAAAAAUGAUUCAUUUAUUUCAAAAAUAAAUUCAAAAGAAAUGCUUAAUUUAAAAAAUUGAAUACUUUUCUUUAGGAAUUUUUAAAGUAUAUUAAGCAAUACUACAUUAAUUUAUGUUCAGUGCUAUAUUAUAAUUUCCAAAUUAUAAUUUUGAUUCUCCAUUUGAAAUUUUCAACAGUAUCAAUGCUAUUAUUGGAUUAUUGUUUAUUUUAAUAGCUACUUUUCCAUUACUUUCAAUUACUUCAUCUAAAAUAAAAAACGAAAGAAGAUGGAAGUACUUUUAUUUUGAAUCUUAAGCAUCAUUUUGGGCCUUAUAAUUUAAGCCUUUUUAAAUUUACAAAGUCUUACUUUAUAUUUUAAUUAUUGUAAAAUUAAUCAACUAUCCAGAAGCAUAAUCUAUUUUACUAUCAAUGCAAUCAUUCUUAUUUUUAAUAUAUUUGAUUAAAUUCAAGCCCUUGAAAUCAGUUUUUGAACUUUCAAAAUUAAUAUGUCGAGAAUUGUUAUUUUUGAUAAUAACCGGAUCAUUUUUAUUUUAUAGUUUUGAAUUAAGUUAAUAAAUUGAUAUAAUGGUUGGGUGGAUCCAUAUUGGAAUGUUUUGUACUAUUUUGGCUUCUAAUUUAUUAAUAGACAUACUAUAAUAAAUUAUGAAAAUAUAUCAAAAUUAUUUGUAAAAGAAAGAAAAGGAAAAGAUUGAAUAAGAAAGAAAAUAUUAUUUUAACCAUUUACAAGGAUUCUAAGUAAAUUCUAAAGAUUAUUCAAUAUAAUAAUGA